AUGAUCCUUCCUGGCCAAUCAGAGUUGACGACAUGCUUAGCGACGCACACUGUUGUGCAUCAUGUAAUACGGGUCCAGUGCCUCAACAAGAUAGAAUGUAUUCGUCAAAUUAUUGUGUUUUUCGCAAACCUGUUGCAGAGACUCAGGCAGCUACGGGUUGCUGGCGUACUGGAGCAUAUCCCAAAAGGCGGGGUCCUGAACUGUUCGCCAACCAAUCGCUGCCAUCAUGUUCUAAAGUAUUACUUCACCGUCAGCUUCACUCACGAAAACCAAAAGGCCCUCGAGUUACGCACGGAAGAUGUGAAGGACUGCGAUGAAUGGGUGGCCGCCAUAUCACACGCCAGUUACAGAAACUUGGCCACCGAGCACGAGACCCUCAUGCAGAAGUAUCUUCAUCUGCUUCAAAUUGUGGAGACGGAGAAAACGGUCGCUAAGCAACUUCGACAACAGAUUGAAGACGGGGAAAUCGAGAUUGAGAGGCUCAAGUCCGAGAUCGCAGGGCUGCUAAAAGACAAUGAGAAAAUCCACGCUAGUCCCACGGCAGCCCCGACUGAAGAUGACUCUGAAAUUAAAAAGAUCAAAAAGGUCCAGAGCUUCUUGCGCGGUUGGAUCUGCAGGAGGAAGUGGAAGACUAUCAUCCAGGAUUACAUCCGCUCGCCGCACGCCGAGAGCAUGAGGAAAAGGAACCAGGUGGUGUUCAGCAUGCUGGACUCGGAAGCCGAGUACGUGCAGCAGCUGCACAUUCUGGUCAACAACUUCCUGAGGCCGCUCCGCAUGGCCGCCAGCUCCAAGAAGCCGCCCAUCACCCAUGAUGACGUCAGCAGUAUUUUCCUCAACAGUGAAACUAUCAUGUUUCUACAUCAGAUCUUCUACCAGGGGUUAAAAGCCAGGAUAGCCAGCUGGCCUACGUUGGUUUUGGGUAAGGAAAACUUCAGAAUUUCUCAUAAAUGUAAAGAGACCAUCACAAUACUAACCCGAGCUACCUGGCUAGCCGACCUUUUCGACAUCCUGCUGCCCAUGCUGAACAUCUACCAGGAGUUUGUGAGGAACCACCAGUACAGCCUCCAGAUCCUGGCUCACUGCAAGCAGAACCGGGACUUUGACAAGCUGCUGAAGCAGUACGAGGCCAAGCCCGACUGCGAGGAGAGAACGCUGGAGACCUUCCUCACCUACCCCAUGUUCCAGAUUCCCCGCUACAUCUUAACGCUUCACGAACUUCUGGCCCACACCCCCCAUGAACACAUAGAGAGGAACAGCCUGGACUACGCCAAAUCGAAGCUGGAGGAGCUUUCGAGAAUCAUGCAUGACGAAGUGAGCGAGACAGAGAACAUCAGGAAGAACCUGGCAAUCGAACGCAUGAUUGUUGAGGGCUGCGAGAUCCUCUUGGACACCAGCCAGACGUUUGUUAGACAAGGUUCUCUCAUCCAGGUGCCAAUGAGCGAGAAGGGCAAGAUCACCCGUGGGCGCCUGGGCUCUCUGUCGUUGAAGAAGGAAGGGGAGAGGCAGUGCUUUCUUUUCUCCAAACAUCUAAUCAUCUGCACCAGAGGGUCCGGAGGAAAGCUUCAUCUCACCAAGAACGGCGUCGUCUCCCUUAUAGACUGCACUCUUAUGGAGGACCCCGAGGGGACUGACGAUGAGUCCAAAUCCGAUAAAAGCGGCCAGGACAUGGAGCACCUGGACUUCAAGAUUGUGGUGGAGCCAAAGGACAGCCAGUCUUUCACAGUCAUCCUCGUGGCGUCCUCAAGGCAGGAGAAGUCUGCGUGGACCAGUGACAUCAGCCAGUGCAUUGACAACAUCCGCUGCAAUGGACUCAUGAUGAACGCCUUUGAAGACAACUCCAAAGUCACUGUCCCACAAAUGAUCAAGUCUGACUCGAGUCUGUACUGCGACGACGUGGACAUCCGCUUCAGCAAGAUGAUGAACUCCUGCAAGGUGCUUCAGAUCCGCUAUGCCAGUGUGGAACGUCUGCUGGAGAGGCUGACCGACCUGCGCUUCCUCUCCAUCGACUUCCUCAACACGUUCCUGCACUCGUAUCGCGUGUUCACCACUGCUGAUGUGGUGCUGGAUAAACUCAUCACCAUCUACAAGAAGCCGAUCAGCGCAAUCCCUGCUCGGUCCCUGGAGUUGUUCUUUGCAAGCAGUCAGAAUAAUAAACUCCUCUAUGGCGAGCCACCCAGCUCCCCCAGGGCCAGCAGGAAGUUCUCCUCCCCUCCUCCUUUGGCCAUCGCCAAGAACUCGUCCCCGAACCGACGACGCAAACUCUCCCUCAACAUCCCCAUCAUCACCGGGGGCAAAGCUCUCGACCUGGCUGCCCUGAGCUGUUCCUCCAAUGGCUAUGCAAGCAUGUACUCCUCCAUGUCCCCGUUCAGCAAGACCACCUUGGACAUCAACAAACUCUACGUGACCAGCUCGAUUAGCAGCAAGAUACCAGAUGAGGGGGAGGACAAGAAAGACAAGAUGGAGGAGACCUCAGUGUGCAAACAAGAUCUCUCCGUGCGGGAAGAAAGUGACACUGAUCAAAACCAGAGCGACGACGCCGACCCAGAAUCCUCGCCAACAAAGUCGCCAACCACCCCGAAAAACAUCAAAUGCAAAAACUCCUCAGAGUUCUCUCUGUUCUCCUACAACAACGGCAUGGUGAUGUCCUCAUGCCGAGAGCUGGACAACAACCGCAGUGCGCUGUCCGCUGCCUCCGCCUUUGCCAUCGCUACAGCCGGAGCCAAUGAGGGCACCCCCACCAAGGAAAAAUAUCGAAGGAUGUCCCUCGCCAGCACAGGCUUCCCAACAGAUCAGAGGAAUGGCGACAAAGAGUUUGUCAUCAGACGAGCGGCGACCAACAGGGUUCUGAAUGUUCUCAGACACUGGGUGUCAAAACACUCACCGGACUUUGAAAGUAACAACGAGCUGAAAACAAAGGUUAUCGCCUUCCUGGAGGAAGUGAUGCAUGAUCCUGAGCUCCUGACUCAAGAGAGAAAAGCAGCCGCCAAUAUCAUCAGAACUCUGACUCAGGAUGAUCAUGGUGACAAUCAGAUCGCUCUUGAAGACGUGACACAAUUGUUGAGUUCAGGAAAGGCCGACCCGUUCGAGAACCACUCGGCCUUGGAGGUUGCAGAGCAGCUCACGCUGCUGGACCAUCUGGUGUUUAAGGUCAUCCCAUACGAGGAAUUCUUUGGUCAAGGCUGGAUGAAGAAUGACAAGAAUGAAAAGACGCCCUACAUUAUGAGGACAACGAAACACUUCAACGAUAUAAGUAACCUUAUAGCCACAGAGAUCCUGCGCUCGGAUGACGUGGUCACCCGGGUGGCGGUCAUCGAGAAAUGGGUGGCUGUGGCGGAUAUUUGCCGCUGUCUCCAUAACUACAACGCAGUGCUCGAGAUCACCUCCUCCCUCAACCGAAGUUCUGUCUUCCGUCUCAAAAAGACCUGGCUCAAGGUGUCCAAGCAGACAAAAGCACUGAUUGACAAGCUGCAGAAGUUGGUCUCUUCAGAGGGGAGGUUCAAAAACCUGAGAGAGGCUCUCAAGAACUGUGAUCCUCCGUGUGUUCCCUAUCUGGGCAUGUACCUCACAGACCUGGCUUUCAUCGAGGAGGGCACACCGAACUACACCGAAGACAAUUUGGUCAACUUUUCCAAGAUGAGGAUGAUUUCUCACAUCAUCCGAGAAAUCCGACAGUUUCAGCAGACAGCAUACAAGCUUGACCUUCAACCAAAGGCAGCCCAGUACCUACUGGAUGGGAGCUGCGUUCUGGAUGAAGAAAGCAUGUACGAAGCCUCCCUCAGAAUUGAGCCGAAAGUGUCCAACUGAUAGGGCCAAGGGGGAUGGGGGGGGGGGGGUUUACCUCUAUGCUAUGCUAUGCUAUGCUAUGCUAUGCUAUGCUAUGCUAUGCUACGCUACGCUAUGCUAUCUCCUCUGAUAAUAUGACACAUCAAUUCACAUACACAAUCACUUUUGCAUUGUUGUACAAGAUAUUUUCUCUUCUGUACAGUAGUUGUUUAGGGUUGUUUGAUCAUAGAAGAUAAGUUGUUUUUUUUAAAUGAUUUUUGCAUUGAUUUUUUUUUUAAGCACAAUAACUGAGGUCACAUUGGUUAGUCACGAUGAAAUCAAUGUGACCAAUGACAUUAUUUCGCUUUGUGUAACUUUACCCCUCGCCAGCUAUCUCCACUUCAGUUUUCUCUGUAAGUAUUAGUUUGUCCGCGACCAAUGUAGCAUUGUAAAAAGCGCAUCAUAUCAGGUAAAAGAGCACAGAGAACACAGAGUUGUGCAGGCAAAGGAAGAUGUGGGAACAAGAUUCGGUGGUCAGCGAACCAUCUCUAUGCUUCCUAAACCAAAAAAAAAAAAGAGAGAUUUGUCUCUUCAUUUUUGCUCUGCAACAAAUGUUCCCAAAUGUUUUGCACCAUAGACUAUUUUUGUACUGACAGCUUCUAGGACAAAAUCACAAUGACACAUUAACGAAACAGAAGCUAUUGUGCCUGCUUUGGUCACAUACAAAAUUGUAAUUUGGUGGUGAUGACUGACUGUUACCUUGUUGACGAAUAACCACGUUGAGUUGAUCACUUAUAACACUAUAUUAAAUUAUAUACCGUAUAUCACAGUUGGGUCUGUGGCAGGAACUGCAGAUUAAUUGCAAAGUGUUGGAAAGCGACGCACGCUGAUAUUUUCAAAUUGCCACUAAUUUUUUGUUUAUACGAAUUUGUUUUUUUGUCGCCUGUCCUGAGUGUGCAAAAUAACGUCGGAAUCAUCGCUGAUUCGAGACAGGUUCCAUCGCCUUUGUGUUUUAUUUUGUUUUUUAUUGUAAAGAUUGGACCGGUUCAGUCAAACAUGUUUCAAUUAUAAAUGAAUUUAUUUUUGAAAGUACUUUUCAAAAAAAAAAAAAAAAAAGAUGGUAAGUGUUCAGCGAUACUUGUGUUGAGUAAAACGGUUCUUGCUCCUCUGUAAUUAAAAGACAAUCUGUCCAUCUUGCUGUUCCUGUGGUUGUGGAACGUGACGGUAUAUCACUCUGUUAUAUGCAUUGCUGUUUAUUAACACUAUGAUAAAAAAAAAAAAAAACGUUAAGUGAAUGACCUCUGCCUGCAGCAUUCAAACACUAUUUUUGUAGUAGUCUACGAGUUGACCUGCUCUUUAUAUAAACAUAAGAAAGUAUUUUGUACUUUGUUGUUGAUUCACUUCUCUGACACAUGCUGUACAUUUUGUACAUGC